AAUUAAUUAUUGCAAAGAUGAUUCCAUUUUAAACUAAUGGAUUUAACUUCAUUAUCUUGUGUCUUCAGGUCAUAUUUCCAAUGGGCUCAGAGCCUACCCAAUUUCAUUAGCAAUAAAACUUUUUGCUAAUCAAAGGUGACUAGGGUAUAGUGAGUCGGCUGGCCAAGUGUGAGUAUAAAGAACGCUAUUUUGAAUUCUAAAUAGCAGUUUUUAUUUGUCAUUAAAAUAUAUUUAAUAUAAGAGUGAAGUAAAUGCGUUUAACGUUUUCACUUCAACACGGAAGUAUUGAAAAAUGAUUUACUUCCGAUGUAAUGCAAUCACAAUACAACACGCGAUCAUAGUUUCAACAUAAAUAGGUGGAUAGUGAAUUUUAACAUGGCUAACCAAAGAAGUGUAACUUUGUAAAGGCUUAGAUAAUCCGUUCCUUUUGAACGUUUAGUCCGUUCUUUUAUUAUUACAAGUGAACAAUUUUUUUAAUUACAAAACCAUCACCUUAUCGAUGUUAAAGCUCGGAUUUGUAACCGAUACAAGAAUAAAUAGAUGUUGUUUUUUAUCCGUUGUAAUACGUACAUAAAUUACCGCACUAAUAAUGCUCUUGGAAAGUGAGUCAUUGUUAACACGUCGUGCAAUUUCAUACACGACCACAAAGAGACUUUGUACCAUGUUUAUCAUGAAAAUUUUCGUUGUAAUUACAUUCUAUGAAAACAAGUAACAUACUUUCAAUAUGAUCAAACAUUAAACCUAAUUUUUCUAAUCCGUUAAUGAUUUGAUUGUCACUUUUGAUUUCCAUUAAUUUGAAUAUGGCGCUUCAAGAGGCCAGUACGGCGCAUGUCCAUAGACUUAAGAAUCAAUAGAGUGACAGUAGCAUUUGUUUGACGCUGCAAGUGGACGUUCUUUGCUACUAUAAGAUUUGUGUGUUCUAUGAAUGCUGGUGGUCUAGAGGAGUUUUGAUUGUUGGUGUUAAGGUGCAGUGGCCGUGGCGGACGGAGAGAAUACAGGUUCGGCGGCGGUCGGCGUCGGCCUCGCCGUGAAUAGCAAGGUGUACCCGAGGCCGGGGGCGGCGCGGGGAGUGUGGGCGCUCCCGCAGCCGCCCCCCUGCAACAUGGCGGCCGAGGAGGCGCUGCCCGCCUGCUCCCCACUCUCCCCGGACACACCCGCCGCGCCUCCACGCAUCACUACCAACUUCACGCACCUCUCGGAUCUCCAUCAGCUCAUCUUCGAGGCUGUACGAUCCGGUGAAGUUUGUGAGAUAGAGAAGGUUGUGGAGAAGCUGGGUGUGGAGGUGCUCAGUGCGCGAGACCAGCACGGCUACACGCCAGCGCACUGGGCAGCUCUUGACGGCAGCGUCGCCGUAAUGCGUUACCUCGUCGAGAGUGGCGCACCGAUCGACCUCUCGUGCUUGGGAACACAGGGACCAAGACCAAUACACUGGGCGUGCCGCAAGGGCCACGCCUCUGUGGUCCAAGUGCUGUUGCAAUCAGGGGUCGCAGUCAAUGCAGCAGAUUUUAAAGGUCUAACCCCGCUAAUGACGGCAUGUAUGUACGGCAAGACAGCAACCGCGGCGUAUUUACUGGGUAUGGGCGCGGCGACGCGUCUCUCUGACAUCAACGGAGACACCGCGUUGCAUUGGGCCGCCUACAAAGGCCACGCCGAUCUCGUGCGCCUACUGAUAUACUCCGGCGUGCCUUUACACUGCACGGAUAACUUCGGAUCAACACCUUUACAUCUCGCCUGUCUUUCCGGGAACCUUACGUGUGUUAGAUUGUUAUGUGAAAAGGUGAAAGCAGAAUUAGAACCCCGCGACAAGAAUGGAAAAACACCGUUAAUGCUGGCGCAGAGUCAUCGGCACGCUGAGGUUGUGAAACUGCUGCAGAAAGAAAUGAAGAGGAAAUCGCACUGGAUGCCGCCACUCUCUGAGCUCUGGGCGCUGCUGUUCGGAGGCGCGGGAGACUCGAAAGGACCUUUACUGUUCUUCUUGGUCUCCGUCCUGCUGUGGGGCUAUCCGAUGUAUAUAAUACGGUGCAUACCUCUAACAUGGAAUACAUUACGUCUAUCACAUUACUUCUUUUUGUACUGGAAUGUAAUAAUGUGGCUGAGCUGGGUGGUCGCCAACCGGCGCGACCCCGGCUACAUCCCGCAGAACUCUGAGACAUACUACCGCGCGAUCCGACAGAUACCUUACUAUGAUAAGUGGAAGAAACGGAAUGUCAUCCUCUCACGUCUGUGCCAUACUUGUCGAUGUUUAAGACCUUUAAGAGCUAAACAUUGUCGGAUUUGCAAACGUUGUGUGGCGUACUUCGACCAUCAUUGCCCUUUCAUCUACAACUGUAUCGGCGUUCGAAACCGAAUGUGGUUCUUUUUAUUUGUAAUGAGUGUUGCUAUAAACUGCACGCUAUCUAUAUACUUCGCCUGUUAUUGUCUGUUUUUAGAGGGUUUUGGUUUAUUGUACAUGCUUGGACUUUUAGAAGCUAUAACGUUUUGCGCGCUCGGUUGGAUUCUUACUUGCACAUCGAUUCUUCACGCAUGCAUGAACCUGACUACUAACGAAAUGUUUAACUACAAACGAUAUCCUUACUUGAGGGACAAGAGAGGUCGCUACCAGAAUCCAUUCUCACGAGGACCUAUCAUGAACUUCAUAGAGUUCUUCGUCUGUCUCCCGGAUAAAUACGAUGAACAUGACUUCUUCUAUGAGGAGAGCAUUUGAUACGAAGUGCGCUGACAAAGCGACAGCAGCCUGUCACGGAAGAAGGCAAAGGAAGCUGUCAUCUUGUCACAACAGGCUCAAACCAGCAGGAAUGCUAAGACUAAGUUUGCAGUUUAAUGCUUGAUAAGACAGUUGCCUCACUUGCUAAAAUUAUAGCUAUUUUGCUAAGAAGUGGCUGCGCAGGAGCAUUUGCAAAGCAUUCGUUGCAAAGGACUCUAAAAAUUGUGUGAUUGCGGGACUAUGAAAUACAUUAAUCACAAUAAAGUGCUGAUUAUUUUAGAGCACCGUAUUAAAAUGUGUAAUUUACUUCUGCUUAUUUAACGCCUUGCACAAGAAUUAGAUAUAAAAAGAGAAACAUAUUAACUGAAUUGUGUCUAAAAAUGUCAACUGAAAUUUCGAUGUCUAUUAAAGCAUAGCGGUAUUAACGAAAAUAUCAAUUUUACAGUAAACUUUAGGUCUUAAGUGCAUUUUUAUCAGGAUUAAAAACUCGAUAUAUUUGGUAUUAAGACUAUUCAGAGAUAUUUUAAAAUAUAGUCAAGAAACUUACAAAGUCGGCCUUUGCUAUGUAAAACAGGGUUAUGGGAUGUAUGGGAAAUGCAUUAAAUAAAACACAAAUAUUACAUCAGUCUCAGUAUAAUGUGAAUUUAUAGCUGACACAAGCAAAAGUACAUCUACGUAACUAUUACAUGUUAAGCACAUCGAUAUUACGCUGGUUAUGAAUAAAAUUUUGAAAAUUAUCCAAACUUAAAAAAAAGCGUCUACUUUCUAAUUACCCUCUUAAAUAUAUCACAACGUUUCAUGAAUGAUACUAUGUGUAACACGAUACACACACACACUACAUUUAUAUGUAGACAUUGAUUCCAUCUCAAACUCUACCAAGCGAAUUAAAAAAUAACGUAUAUUUGAAAAGUGCAAUGCUAGUAAUCGUCUAUCAAUCACGUGAGCCUCGAGAGGAUCCGAAAAAAUCACGGAACAUCACGGGAAGGUGCAAAAUAUAUCACGUGAUUUUCUAACUAAUUAAGGUGAAGGUUAAUAUGAAACCAGAUAUCGCCAGGGAGGGAUUUCAAAAGUUGAUAACAUCACGUAAUUAAUAAACGGCCACUAAAUACAAAAUUAUUACGUCCUGAAAGAAUAUUUUUAUCAUUAUAGCUUUUUCUGGUAUACAAAUGUGGGACUCUAUUCUAAUUGUUAUAAACAUUAAAAUUUUAAUGCCUCAGUUUUAUGUCGUUUUAAUUUCCUCUUCCGUAUCUAAUUAUCUUUUUUAGAUAAAAUUAUAGACAAAUAAAUAGAAUUAUCUGUAGAUAAUACUGGCUUGUGAAAUAA